GGGGCUUCGCUGUGGUGGCGAUGUGGGUCGGCGACAUAUUCCAUCUCCACAACCUCCAGCGAGUCAAGAUUGUCUAGAAGGUUUAGGGCCCACAACGCUCAACUAGAACGAUUAAAAGAGAUCGGUUUCGCACACGUAUUCAUGCGUAUUGUAUUCAUAUUUACUCUACCAUCUUCCCUCCCGACAAUCCGUCGAGAAGCGGUUGCAAAAUCAGGCAUCGCCACCACUUUCUUCUCCAACAAUCAUAACUCAUAACUCACAAUGAUGGACUCUGCACAAAUCAUGGAGAAAGGCAAGGCCGAAUUGCCGACGCCCAGUCCCCCCGGCGGAGAGGUCUUCGACAAGGACAAGAGCCUGUAUGGCAAUGCCAGCGAGAGCGAGAGGGAGAGAGAUGUCUAUGAGGAGGGUAUGCAGAAAUACAACCGUCUGGGCUGGAAGCGCCUGACGGUCGUGCUCAUCGUCGAGGCCAUCGCGCUGGGAAGUCUGUCCAUCCCAGCCGCCUUUGCCUCGCUGGGAAUGUUCGCCGGUGUCAUCUGCUCUGUAGGCAUUGGAUUGAUCGCCAUCUAUACCGCCUACAUCGUCGGCCAGGUCAAGGUCAACUUUCCCCAGGUCGCUAAUUACCCUGAUGCCGGAAGGCUGAUGGGUGGUCGCUGGGGCUACGAGGCUAUCAACGUCAUGCUCAUCCUGCAACUGCUCUUCCUGGUUGGCUCCCACUGCCUGACGGGCACCAUUGCCUUCCAGAACAUCACGGGAAGCGGCAUCUGCUCCAUCAUCUUCGCUGUUGUCUCCGCCAUCAUCCUCAUGAUCAUCGCCAUCCCGCCGAGUUUCACCGAGGUUGCUAUCCUCGGCUACGUCGACUUCGCCUCCAUCAUCCUCGCCAUCGGCAUCACCAUCGUUGCCACUGGUAUCAGAAGCACCAACGAGCCAGGUGGACUGGCCGCUGUCAACUGGUCUGCCUGGCCAAAGGAGGGCCUCACUUUCACAGAGGGCUUCAUCGCUAUCACCAACAUCUGCUUCGCCUACAGCUUUGCCAUGUGCCAGUUCUCCUUCAUGGACGAGAUGCACACCCCAACUGAUUUCAUGAAGUCUAUCUACACACUCGGCGUUACAGAGAUCGUCAUCUACACCGUGACCGGCGCGCUGAUUUACGCCUUUGUCGGCCAGGAAGUCAAGAGCCCCGCGCUGCUCUCCGCUGGACCUUUACUCAGCCGCGUGGCGUUUGGUAUCGCCCUGCCGGUCAUCUUCAUCAGUGGCUCCAUCAACACCACCGUCCUGGGCCGUCUGGUGCACACCCGCCUCUUCAAGAACUCCAACAUCCGCUUCGUCAACACCAGGAUGGGCUGGAUCACCUGGAUCAUCUACAUCAUCCUCGCCACCAUCGCCGCCUUCAUCAUCGCCGAGGUCAUCCCCUUCUUCUCGGACCUCCUCUCCAUCUCCUCAUCACUCUUCAUCUCCGGCUUCACCUUCUACCUGCCGGCGCUCAUGUGGUUCAUGCUUCUUCGCGAGGGCAAGUGGAACACCCCGAAGAACCUUGCGUUGGGAGCCCUCAACCUCGGCGUUUUCAUCAUUGGUAUCGUGAUCCUGGUGGCCGGUAUCUAUUCUAGUGUCAACGACAUUAUCAUCAGCUACGGCAACGGCAAGGUCAAAGGUCCAUUCUCCUGUGGUUCACCAGAGUAGGAGGCGUGUAGCUAUCCACCAUAUCCCCGACUGCAGGUGGCAGUCUUAUUCUUUUUGCGAAUCAUCAUACUAUCAGCCAUAUAUACCAAUACUACUUUCUCUGUAUUUCACUUUUUGACCAUAUACGGCCGCACUCUACAUGUACAUUACUGGGGGGCUUUAUGUUAUGUUAACAUAGACGUAAGACGCGACAGCGCGCAACUAGAGACAUAAGAGGAGAGGGGAGGAGAGAAAUAGAGGAGAGACAUAGGAGAAAAGGCAUAGAGGAGAGAAUAAAGUACCUA